AUGUCGGUGUUAGACUCUUCAGAUAAUCCAAAGAAUCCAAUUCUAGAUUAUAUUGAAAAUCUACCCUUGACCAAAAAGGGCCUUCCAUAUGGCCAACCUGUGGGCGUCCUGAUGUCCCCUUCCCUCACAGAUACAGCCUCAGUCCUACGAGUUGCCGCCGAGAUUGGCCCCCACAUAGCUGUGUUGCAGGUACAAGGGGAUAUCAUGGACGAUUGGUCAGAUGAUACCAUUGAACAGUUAACCUAUUUAGCCAAAAAACAUGGCUUCAUUCUAUGGGAAGGCAGUAAAGUUCUCAACGCAACUGUCAAUUUCAUGGGCCGCGGAAAUGCAGACUGGCAAACACGAAUGACUCUGGCUCAGAAUGUUAAGAAGAGAUACGCCAAUGGCUCCACUAAGAUAGCAACCUGGUCGGGAAUUGCUACCUCAUGGGCACCUGGCGUGAAAUUGGACGCGCAGGAAAAGGAUGUCUUGAUUCCUACGCUUCGCAACGCUGCACGUGAGGUCGUUGCGAAGACCGUCAAGACCAUUCAAACCGAGAUCUCGGCUUCAGAAAGUGAAGAUAAUACCCCAGAGGAGAAAGAAAGCGUAUCAGUACCUCUGUCUCCGAACGCCUGGCAGGAAUUCUGGCCAGGAUAUUCACGCAAAUUAUCGACAAUCUCUGUCACCGAAUCAGUCACUAUGCAGCCUCUCAUUCAACCAGAAGAUGGUGUGCCACCUCCUCCACUGCUGGCCCGUGGCAUAGCCCUAUGCCUUCCAAGCGCCGUCGAUACCGCGUUCACAUAUGAAUUCCGACAAGCUACACUAGGAGCCGCAUGUGCCAACUCAGACUUCGUCUUAGGCUUCAUCAGCUCCGAGCCAUUCUUCACCAACUAUCGCGGAAACAGUCUACUGGACCUAGCAUAUCAAGAUGGAUCUGGAGUAGUGACUAGCACAGCAGGUCGUGACCUCCUUGCCUCCUCCCCUUACAUGGAUAAGCAACACUCACUCGCCCUGUUCUCCCUCCUCCCAAUCGAAUUAUUCUACGGCUUCGACACAGAUCCUAUCCACACUCUGAAUGGUGGUCCGUCACCAGAUGAUCGGCCUGAAAGCGUCAAAAAACUCUUCCACGUUGUUGGCAACGCAUUGAAAUUACGAGAAAUAAGCCGCAAAGAAUACGAAGUCGGCCAAAAGGACGACGAUGGUACUCAUAGUCCUAGUGUUCUACAAGUCCCUUUUGUUAUCUUACCUUGA